UGUAUGUAUGACGACUCCACAUACGCGCCAGCCUCCACCAGAUGGAUUUCUAUCGGCCUAUCACGGACUACAAGCUCACAGGCAGGGUCCUCAUCGUCCCCAUCGUUUCUGUCGCCAAUGUCGCACAGUUAACGGUUGAUCUAAUCACUACAACGUUCGGGUUACAGCGCGUUGGCGUGCUCGAUCCUAAAUAUCAUGUACCUGUCGCAGGUGCACGCGAGGAUGGCGCUCCGGGCAUAACGAUGCCUCUCGAACUGUUCGGCAGCAACAGUAGUAGCGUCGCAGUGAUUCAACAGCGAUCGCCGGUACUAGCACUUUUCAAGCAAGAUUUCACCGAUACUCUACUGGAAUUCAUCCGUACGUCAUGCGUAUCAGCGGUGAUCUUCCUGGCAGGCGUAGAUAUGUCCAAUAGAACGGAUACUCAGAUGCUAACACCAACCACGUAUAUACGUCCCGCAUCGUCGCCAGCUGUGACGUCGGUGCCCCUAUCAUCCUUGGCAGAUUUGCCUAUACCUGCCUACUUCUCCCAAAGCGACGAUCCGCGCAGCAUCCCUUUCAUCCCGGGUGGCGGCCUCACGCGCCGAAUAGUCUCGUCUAUCCCUACCUCGUGGCAGAUACCAACCGUUUGUUUUCUACAAUAUGUCAUGGAGGGAGAUAACAGAUAUGAUGCACAAAUCUUAGCAAAUGUCACUGCAAAGGUGCUCAAUUGCACCGUCAGCGGCUGGAAGCAGCCUACAACAUGGGGUCAUGGCCUGUUUGGGACCCCCCACGAUAGUACAUUGUAUGGCUAAAAGGAUGUCAUGUAAUUUCGAAAACUAGGAACGUUAGCUACAUAUAUGUUAUCGUUUCCCUGCGAUUCCAAUGCGGUCUCGACCCUUCUUUUUUGCGGCUUGUCGCAGCGGGAGGUAGGCGUAAGGCUCCAACUUCCCUUUCUUCACGUCGCCACCAGCUUUCU